CCGAGAAAGAAAAACAUCUCCACAACGGUCGAUGAACAACGAACCGGUCGUCCCACCCUUCCUAUUUCAUCCAUCUAGAUUGUCUACCAUGCUCGCCUGACGACAUCAACACCAACCUGAUUCUACUAACUUAGAACAUUAUCAUAGCACCACCUGGCGCGAUGGAUUCUCCAUCUAGCGCGAGAUCGAGCCCCUCGAAGAGCCCAUCUAAGAGCCCGUCCAAAGCCCUCAACCCCCUAUCGCCCGAACGGAUGAAUCAACAACCAGGAUCAGGCUCGCCGAUCUACCCGGAACUCAGGGCUACGCAACGGAAGAGCAGAGGGAUGUCUGACGUGCAAGCUAAAGUCGCCUAUCUCAACGGCCUCACCCGCAACGGCAGUCCGGCAAGCGCAGCCCAGACAUCGGCAGCGAAUACAGCGGCGCUACAGCGCGCCAUUUUGGGCCGUGAGGAAGCGGAAUCCUCCUUGGCUCAUGUCUCUUCUCAACUGUCCGAGGCCCAAUCCCGUGAGCGUCGGAUAAGCGAAAGACUCGAGUCAUUGCUGGAAGAGCUGCACACGACCAAGGAGCGCCAGGCCAACGAGAGAAGCAUUUUCGAAAAGGAAAUCCGAAAAGCGCGGAAAGAAGCUUUCCGCGCCGGUUCAACGCUAGUCAAGACACAAGAGGAGCUGAAGCAUGCCAAGACGGAAUCUCGAGUACUCAGGGAUGAGCUUCACCAUGAGCGCAGCGCGAAGGAGCAAGCUAGACAAGAAGCCUUUGAGCGGGCAUACACACUCGCGGGCUUGACGGAAGAGCUGGAAACGCUCAAGGAACGCCUGCGGUCGGCCGAAACGAACAACCACUCCGAGAAUCUGCAAGCCCAGGCCCACGAGAUGCACCAAGAUAACGUCGGGAGAAUGUCGCUGGCGGAGGGGGAUCUCGCCAUGUUCGCGACGCCCACGCCACGGAGGCCUAAGCGACCGGCCGAUGGACCAGCCGCCUCGCCAAUGACCAACCAAUCCCAUGAUACCGAAGACCAGGAUAUUUUCCUGUACGAUGCGCGUUCGGAAAUGGUCAAUCAACUGGAAAGCGCUCUUCAGAUGGAGCAGCGACUGAGAUCCGAUGCCGAAGACAUGAUCGAAUUCUUGAAACUAGAGUGCCAUUUCAAGCGAUGCACCUGUCGCUUGCUGGAGCACGCGGAAAAGGAGGCCAGAGUCAACCAAAGCAUCGAGAACUCCAACACGCCGCAUAUUUCGGAGACGAUCGAAGAUACAAAGGAAACCCCGCGGCCAUCCAAGAAUGCGAACUCGCGAUUGCCCGAAGAAGCGCAGCCCCAACUGUUCGACAGAGGCUCUUCGCCAAACCGCACCCCGAAGAACUCAUCUAACACAAACACCGCUCAAGCCCAGAAGCCCAACCCCCUGCAACUCAUUGAACUUACGCAAGAAUUCAACGAGCAUCGCAUGCUUGCCGAGCCUAAGAACACCAGCCGUUCGUCCAGUCCCGAUGAGAUUGUUGAAGAGCCUGAGCCCGCUCAGACGGACGAGCAAAGCGAUGAUGACGACGAGCCCGGAGAGCCCUUGAUCACGUUUUCACCUGAGACGGGGACCUUCCAUACCAUACCAUCCCCAGUGCGACUCGCUGCCGCCGCCCAGGAACAACGCCUACCGGGAAGCCCUCUGGCGAAAGUCCAAAACGCCAGACAAGACACGCCGCCUGAGAUUUCUCAAACCGAAGCGUCACCUCCUGGCUCUCCCACACCAGCCAUUAUCGACGUCCCGUUUGACCCUGUACCGCCGCCACAGUUGAACCCCUCUCAGCAUGUCGAGAGCCAUCAAAACCUUAGAAAAAUUCCCUUGCGCCUUGAUGACCCCCCAGCGCAGAUGCCAAUCAACCGGGAAAACGCACUCGCCCAGAUCAAGGCGCGCAGGAGCCGCACAAACCUCAACAAUAGCAACAGCAGCAACAGCGCCAGCACCAGCAGCAACAGCAGCAACAGCAUGCCAAGGUCCGUCAGCGCCAGUGAAAGCACCUUUCGAUCCGGCGGCAUGGGAAUCACUCCGAUCCGCGGUGCUCGACGGAUACCGGGAGUUCAGAAUUCAGACCCAAGAGAGGACAUCAGACGCCGCCGGGAUAUGAGUGCACCGAUCCGGAUGCACCAUAAGUAGUGUCUCUUCUAUUUCUUUUCUCUCACGUUCUCAUGCUCGCUAUACGACCUCAACGGAAUGGCCUGGCUCAAAAAAAAAAAAAAAAAAAAAAAAAAGAAAAAA